AUGGCCCACACAGACUUCAGGCUGAAUGCAUCGCAAAAUAGCGUUCUUACUGCUAUUCUCGAGGAGGAAUUUCAACCUGUCAUCGUUGAGAUGGACCCUCUCUUCGAGGGUGGCUAUGUUGCAGUCAGGGCGUGGGUAGAGCUGCGGAAGGCGAUGUUAUUCGACCAGACUUCCUUUCUCCCGAAAGACCUCGACGAGCGCCACGAGAGACUAUAUCGCCAGAAGGUGGAUCGCCGGUUCCGUAACUACUACGGCAAUCGGCACCGCGUUUUCACGCAAGCGCAAGCGAACCCGAACCAUUGA